GGGAAUUUCCCAAGCAUCCCAAAGAUUGAAUUUCCUGCCGGGGGUGGGGGGGAAGGGGCGAGUGCAGAUAAAAGGGAUGCGGAGGACCCGAAGAAGUCACGGUGCCCUAGAGCUUCAAAUCCCACCCCUUCUCCCUCCUUCUGAAACCCUCUCGCUGAGUCUCUUCGCCACUAUGAGACUCCUACCCAGCCGCGCCGCCCGCAUCCCCGGCCCUUCGGGCUCUCUGCGCUUGCUGCUCGCGCUGCUGCUGCUGACGCCGCCAGGGCCCCUCGCCAGCGCUGGCCCUGUCGCGGCCAUAGUGAGAGAGCUGCGUUGCAUGUGCUUAACCACCACACCGGGGAUUCAUCCCAAGAUGGUCAGUAAUCUGCAGGUGAUCGCCCCAGGACCGCAGUGCUCCAAGGUGGAAGUAGUAGCCACCCUGAAGAACAGAAAGGAAGUCUGUCUGGACCCAGAAGCUCCUCUGAUCAAGAAGGUCAUCCAGAAAAUGUUGGACAGUGGAAACAAGAAAAAUUAAGAGAAAGGACCGUGCAUUGGAAAAAUUGCCCAGUUCUUCAGCAGAAGAGUUUUCUGGGGAUCUCUGCACCCAGUGAAGACAAGAAGCAAGGGCUGAUUUUCUCCAAGGAGUUGGGUUUCUGUAUGAAUUCCCCACUGUGAGAGAGAGAUGAGAGGAGGGAAACUAUGUUUGUCCCUGCAGCUUUCUGCUGAGUUUAUGGUGUGUUUAGUGUAGUAUUUCCUGCUCCUUAUUUGCUGUCAUUUUAUCUGCUAUGCUACUGAAAUCUUUGGCAAUUAACUAAAUUGUGAAUCAAGA